AUGUCGGAGCUCAUUCCCAUCACUACACCCCUACGAGAGUUCAAAGGCCAUGAAGAACGCGUGACGGCAGUUGCAGUUUUCCUCGAUAAACGACUGAUGGUUACGGGCUCAUUGGACAAGACGCUUCGUCUGUGGGAUUUGAAGACAGGUAAAAUGUUGAAGAAGAUGGAGGGACAUUGCUCUGAGGUGAUGAGAUUGGCGGUAUCACGAGAUGGCCAAUUGGUAGCAAGCGGUCAUUUUUACGGAGAAAUCAUCGUCUGGCACGGAGAAACUGGUGAAUCUCUCACCAAUAUCAAGACGGCCCACACCAGUUCUAUCAACUCGCUGGACUUUUCUCCUGAUGGGACAGUGCUGGCCACUGGUUCAAAGGACAAAACGACUAAGCUAUGGAACACCCAAACCUGGCGGCAGCAAGGAAAUAUAAAAUGUUAUAGUGACGUCAACUGCGUACGGUAUUCGCCCUCUCAUAAUGGAGAACUUCUUGCUAUCGCAGCCGACAAUAAUAUCCAAAUUUAUAAUCCAAACACGAAGGAACGUGUCGCAUCCUUCAAGGGUCACGCACAUAGGAACUUGUCACUCGCGUGGACGCCUGAUGGCACACGCCUCCUCACAGGCGGUGACAAAAGCGAUUCUACCAUACACGAAUGGGAUGCAUCCACCUGGAAGCAGGUCGAUGAUCCCUGGCUUGGCCACACUAUGGCAAUCACAUCCAUUGCCAUAAAUCCUGCUGGGACACUCGUUGCCUCCGUAUCCGAUGACCGACAUGUCCGUCUUUGGCGGCUCUCAGAUCGACGAACUAUGGCUACCUUCAAGCACACAUCCCAGACAGUAUGCGUCACUUUUUCCGUGGACGGCAACCACAUCCUCAGCGGAGGUGGCGAUAAGAUGAUCUCAGAGUGGGCACCUCAGGCAUGUUUGGUGCAGAUUUUAGCCAUCACGACAGCUCGCAUUGCAUGCAUAGUUGGGGACUUGUCUACUGCCGAAAAACUGCUCACGCAAGAUAUCAACACCAAUCCCGGAAACAUGACUGGGACCACGCCCUUCAAGAUGCAAUCAAGGCGAUCCAUCAGAAUUCAGCCCUCAUAUAUAGGUUAUAUCUCCACGGGCAUCGCCCUCUGCGGAAAAGGCAACAUCUGGGGCGCGAGGGCAGCGUUUGAUGUUGCAUCCGUAUACACUGACCAAAAUUCAGAAACAAUUCAUUUCCUGCUCUUGAUUAAGGUUAUUGCGCUCUUCAAUGCAGAUCAACAUGACGAGGCAAACCUGCUCCUCAAAGCGCUCACUAACAAUUAUCCAAAUGCCGAUACUCAGGCAUGUCAUAUCGUUGAAGCAUAUCUACGUGUUCAACUCGGAAUAAAUGCCUUGGAUGGCGGACGUCACGGUGAAGCUGCUGACUAUUUCACUGCUGCUCUCAACUCCAGCCAUAUAUCAGAUAUUCAUGAAACUUACGAGGAUUUGAUCGUGCUCUUUGGCUGGGAUCUCAAAUCGUUGUGGCUCACUGCACACCAGAAACGAUGUCAUGCACUCUUUCGUGCACGUAAGCUUCAAGAUGCCCUGAAAUCAUACCAAUGCAUGAUGGACAAUAUCGACGAUAGAACAAAGGCAAGCUGCCUCGAAUGGUCCAAAGGCAAGUCUGGAGUUCGUAAUGUUGCGCAGGCUAUAAUCCUCACCCGCAUUUAUUCAGCUUUCAUGGAGGAAUGCCGUGCACUCUGUCUUGCCAUUGGAGAUGCUGCCCUUGCUGCAAGCAAGUAUGACCAGGUAAUUGAUCUCUGCUCGGCGGUGAUCGACCUGGGUUUUGCAUCCGACGUCAUCUUUGCGAAUCGCAGCAAGGCAAGGUUGGAAAGAAUGCUAUGGGAGGAUGCGCUUCUCGAUGCGCAGAAGGUCACCGAACUCAAUCCUUCUUCUCACAUUGGAUACGAGUUGACGCAUACAGCGCUGCAUGGCGCGAAACGUUAUGACGAAGCAAUCGAGACCUUCAAAAUCAUGCUGUCCAAGUUGGAGAAUUCUUCCGACCCGCAGGUACGAGAUUUGCGUCAGCAGUAUGUCUCUCCAUCCGAAGUAGAAGACGCUAUUCAAAAUGCAGUCUCAAUUGAACUCAGCAACGCCCCACUUCGUCUUCUCAACACCUAUACGGGUCUUUUGUGCGACCGAACAACACAGAUAAACUCGUUCAAAACAAGUCCAGAGUACAAAGAGCUUUUGUCAUUCACAACAAAGCAUUCAGAUCUACAAAUGGAACGCAUCGAGGAAGUGGUAAUGAUGUACUUUCGUUGUGUCCUGCUAUCACACAGGUGGGACGAAACGGAGGCGCUGCUGGAAAAUAUCCAGGAUAAAGAUGUGCGCGAGUUGGAAGGAUUUGGAGGCAUCGCAAAACUGCAGUCGUUCUGCAAAGUCGCUCGUAAUGCAAGGUAUCGCUGGGCAUGGAUGGAUACAUGCUGCAUCGAUAAGAACAACAAUGUCGAACUUCAACAAUCGAUCAACACCAUGUUUGUUUGGUACCGCCACUCAGCGCUUACCAUCGUCUACCUAUCCGAUGUCCCUCCUGCAUCCCAGCGCGGUGCACUAGCAAGGAGUGUUUGGAACAAACGAGGAUGGACCUUUCAAGAAUUUGUCGCUCCGAAAGCUGUUAGAUUUUAUCAGGAGGAUUGGUCAUUAUAUCUUGACGAUCGCUCUUCCAAUCACAAAGAGUCCCCUGCAAUCAUGGAGGAGUUGGAGGGUGCGACGGGCAUAGAUUCGCGGGCCUUGAUCUCAUUCCGUCCAGGGAUGAGAGACGCUCGAGUGAAACUGCAAUGGGCGUCAUCACGCGUCACUACUUUGCAAGAAGACAUCGCGUACUCGUUGUUUGGUAUCUUCGGUGUCCACCUACCUGUCAUCUAUGGUGAGAAGAAGCAGAAUGCGCUCGGGCGGCUCCUGCAGGAGAUCGUGGCUAGAUCAGGCGACAUCACUGCCCUAGAUUGGGUCGGACAAUCGUCCGAGUUCAAUAGCUGCCUUCCGGCCGACAUUAUCUCAUAUGCCGCCCCGCCAUACGCCCUGCCAUCAUUGUCUGAAGAUGAAAUUCAGACAAGGGUCUCUUCAUUGCGAAACAUUGUGACUGUGGAUUUGGCUUCGAAACUGUAUAACCUGCUUGAGAACAUGGCUACUCCCCGCUUUGCAAACUGCAGACUCCAUCUGCCUUGCAUUGCAUUCCGUGUCACGGAAAUCAGACGGAGGCGUGAUCAUGCUGCUCAUCCCACGUAUGGAGUCAAAGCAGAUGGGCUUCGGGACUUGGUUAUCACCACGAACGAGAUGUUAAUUCAGUUCUCGCGCACAAGGCCCACUCGACAGACAUUCUUUCUUGUCCGUCCAUGGGAUCGUCGUCUCAUCGAGCUACCUGACUUUGCAGAGCAGCCUGUCUCUGCAGACGAAGUGGAGAGUGUAGAUGAUUGGUCCGAGUCCGAGCAUGCAUUAGACGACACUGAUGAGUCGUCCAGUAGUUUACCCGGAGAAGAGGAAUUGUCAGUUGACUCGGAGGCUCACUUGCGAUCAUUGCGUUUGAUGGUUCACCUUGGGCAGGAGUUCAGCGCACUUUUACUAGCGCAGCAACGUGUUGGAGAGUACAAGAGAAUUGCAUCAGACCAUCAUAUCAUUGCACAGGUCAAAGACACGGCUUCAAUUGACAUCAUGGACAUCAAGACCCUAGACAUAGUGUAG